AUGAUUGACUCAGUGUGGGGUUGGGCCUGCCCUCCCCUUCGCCUGCAUUUGGCACCACCAACUCGCAGGAUGGGGGAGAUGGUUUUAGGGGAGCGGCCCCCAUCGCCAGCAAGAUUAUCUCAUACAUCAGAGAAACAUCCUAAAAGUACUCUAACCGAACUUAAUGUUUUAAGAAGGCAUAGAGAGCUUUGUGAUGUAGUUUUGAAUGUUGGGAACAGAAAAAUCUUUGCUCACAGAGCCAUACUUGCAGCCUGCAGCCCUUAUUUUAGAGCCAUGUUUACUGGAGAACUAUCUGAAUCAAGGCAAACUGAAGUUACUAUAAGGGACAUAGAUGAAGUAGCAAUGGAACUUUUAAUCGAUUUCUGUUAUACUUCUCAUAUUGUUGUCGAAGAAGGAAAUGUACAAACUUUAUUGCCUGCAGCUUGCCUUUUGCAAUUGGUAGAAAUUCAAGAUAUUUGUUGUGAAUUUCUAAAAAGACAACUAGACCCUAGUAACUGUCUAGGAAUUAGAGCUUUUGCAGAUACUCACUCUUGCAGGGAGCUUUUAAGGAUAGCCGAUAAAUUUACCCAACACAAUUUUCAAGAUGUUAUGGAGAGUGAAGAAUUUUUACUAUUACCUGCUGGACAAUUAGUCGAUAUAAUAUCAAGUGAUGAGCUGAAUGUCAGAUCGGAAGAACAAGUUUACAGUGCUGUCAUGAAUUGGUUAAAAUAUAAUGUAUCUGAACGAAGGCAACAUUUAGCUCAAGUAUUGCAACAUGUUCGUUUACCUCUAUUAAGUCCCAAGUUUUUAGUCGGAACUGUAGGCUCCGAUUUACUCGUCAGAAGUGAUGAAGCAUGCAGAGAUUUAGUAGAUGAAGCCAAAAAUUAUUUAUUACUUCCUCAAGAAAGACCAUUAAUGCAAGGACCAAGAACAAGGCCUAGAAGGCCUACCAGAAGAGGAGAAGUUUUAUUUGCAGUUGGCGGUUGGUGUAGUGGAGAUGCGAUUGCUUCAGUUGAAAGGUUCGAUCCACAAUCUGCUGAUUGGAAAAUGGUUGCUCCAAUGAGUAAAAGAAGAUGUGGUGUAGGCGUCGCUGUUUUAAAUGAUUUGCUUUAUGCUGUUGGUGGUCAUGACGGGCAAUCUUAUUUAAAUAGUACCGAAAGGUAUGAUCCUCAAACGAAUCAAUGGUCUUGUGAUGUUGCUCCCACAACUUCAUGCAGGACGAGUGUUGGUGUUGCAGUUUUAGAUGGUUAUCUAUAUGCUGUUGGUGGUCAAGACGGAGUUCAGUGUUUAAAUCAUGUCGAAAGAUACGAUCCUAAGGAAAACAAAUGGAGUAAAGUUGCCGCCAUGUCUACCAGAAGAUUGGGUGUUGCUGUUGCAGUACUAGGAGGCUUUUUAUACGCCAUUGGAGGAUCUGAUGGUCAUUGUCCUUUAAAUACAGUCGAAAGAUACGAUCCGCGUCAAAAUAAGUGGUCUACGGUGGCACCCAUGUUCACGAGAAGAAAACAUUUAGGUUGUGCCGUGUUUAACAAUCUCAUCUACGCUUGCGGAGGAAGAGAUGAUUGCAUGGAGUUGUCUUUUGCUGAACGAUACAAUCCACACACCAACACUUGGAGUCCGAUCGUAGCCAUGACGUCUAGACGUAGCGGCGUCGGUUUGGCCGUAGUUAACGGACAGUUGUACGCCGUGGGUGGUUUCGACGGAACGGCGUAUUUGAAAACGAUCGAAGUUUACGACACGGAACAAAAUCAUUGGAGGUUGUGUGGGACGAUGAAUUAUCGAAGACUUGGCGGUGGUGUCGGCGUCAUGAGAGCUCCCGAUAAUUGUUUUUGGCCGAGAUCCGAUGCUGUGUAA